UUGUUGAUUAGCUUGUAGUAUAAUAUCGCGGCAGUUGAUAAAAUAUAAUUAGACCGCUGCAGCGCGAAACGCACGCGCAUGAAAUUUGAAGUUGAAAGUGCUGUGUAAUUUCCAUUUUUAUCUUGAUUAUGUGAGAAGUGGAUGUCUAUAACUUUGUUGCUGCGAAAAUAAUUAUAAUUUUUAAUUUUAAAAUUGAAAACAAAAAAAUAAAAUAAAAUAAAAUAAAAUUAAAAUUAAAAAAAUUAAAAUAAAUUAAUUUAAAUAAAAUAAAUAAAAAUAAAAGGUGCUGUGAAAGUAAAGUGCGUGUUUGUUAAAAAAAAAUAAAAAUAAAUUAAAAAAAUAAUAAUUUUUUUGUUAUUAUUCCGAAACACCUACAUUUUACGCGCAACAAAAUGAGCGGUGUCCUACGUCGCGGCUCGCUGAACUUUGACUGCAAUUUGAAGGGCAGCAAUUCGCGCGGUAGCAUCGAGGCAAAUUUAUAUGGCGGUUAUCGUGAUCCAAAGCCGGGUACGCCGGAAAUCAGCGUGAUCGCUUUAGACUGUCGUCGCUACUCGGAAGAUUUAAAAAAGGAUGCAAUGUUGAAUAAAGGUCUGCCACCAUCCGCCGUCGCUGAUUUGAGUCAAGACGAGGAUGCGGAUGUGAUCUCGAAUUUUAUUGGACAUCGUGGCAGGUGGCAAUAUAUCUGGACUAUUCUGCUUACGUUCUUUCAGAUACCACCGACAUUACAUUUGUUCGUCUACACAUUUCAGACCAUCGCCAAGGUCUACUGGUGCGCACGCCCUGAUACUGCACCCGAUAUGGAUGUAUCGCUGUGGCGCAAUCUAAGCCAACCUGCUGGCGCUUGCUCUAUACUAAAUUUAAAUUACUCGCUGCUAACUGAAACCGCUGACACCGCUGAGACCGCGCAACUAAUAAAAUGCAACAAUUUUGAAUUCUCCCGUGAAGACGGUAGCGCGCGCUCGGUAAUUGAAGAGUUUGGCUUGGUUUGCGGUCGUGAGUACAUGGUGAGUGUGGUGGAAAUGUGCUUCUUGGCCGGCGCAGCGGUGGGCAGUGUGUCGAGCGGCUGGAUCUCCGAUCGUUUCGGUCGCAAACAUACGCUGAUGGGUUUCGUUUUAGUACAAAUUGUUUCCGGCACUUUAAUUGCUUACUCCGUCAAUUUGGCUAUGUGCAUGUCGAUGCGUGUGUUUGCCGGUUUUGCCUCCAUGACGGUGACUGUGGUUAGCUUCGUUCUCGUCGUUGAGUUGGUUUCUGGCAAAUGGCGUACCAUAACGGGCAUUUUAAAUAUUUUGCCAGUUCCGAUUUCGUACAUUCUCAUGGCUGUUAUAGCAUAUUUUGUUCGGGACUGGCGGAAUCUGCAAUUGGCGAUUACUCUACCUUGGUUAUGCAUGUUGCCGAUGUGGUACUACAUGCCAGAGUCGCCGCGUUGGCUGCUCGCACAAGGGCGCCUCAAUGAUUUAUAUGCACUAGUAGAACGUGCUGCCGAGCUAAAUCAACGCACCCUGCCACCAAACUAUAAGAAGACACUUGAAGCUGCAGCACCGGCACCAAUACCUAAGCCCAUCAAUGCAUCAGCUACGGCCAAAAGUCAGCUGACGAACAUACAAGCACAACAACAACACACACUGCCAGCAUUUAUGAUGGCGUCUGAAAGAGGCGGACAUACCAUUGAAGCGGCAAUCGCCGGCACUACCGAAGCUGUACCCGAAAUUCAUGAGAAUCCAUUAAAGGUGGUCUUUAAUCGUUUUUAUUGGCGCACAACUUGUCUGAAUUUGAUUGUCUGGUUGACUUUGAUUAUCGUCUACUAUGGAUUGACCUUGCAUUUGAGCAAUUUGGGUGGAGAUAUCUAUUUGAAUACGAUCGUUGCCGGCGCAAUUGAAGCGGUCACUGUUUGUGUCAGCAUUUUUGUAGUCUUGAAAGUGGGUUUGCGGUGUAGCCUGAUAGCAUAUAUGCUAGUACCCGGAAUUUGUUGCUUAGCUACAAAUCUUGUGCCAACCCGAGAUUUAAACCAAACUGCCGUAGUCGCGUUGGCAAUAAUUGCAAAAUGUAUUAUUGGCGCCAACAAUGCCAUUAUUCCGUCGUACACCGCCAUGCAGUAUCCAACGGUUGUGCGUAAUUUUGGUGUGGGCAUGGGUAAUCUGGCAGCGGGAACUGCCUUAAUGUUAGUACCCUAUAUGUGGCUUUUGGAACAUGUGGACCCACUGCUGCCAAUGAGCAUAAUGGGUGUGUGCGGUAUUAUUGGCGCUAUUUCGUUAUUCCUUAUGAAAGACAUUGAACACUAGGGAUAUGCUAAAGUAUGCAUAAGUAAAGGACAACUUGAGAAAAUCGUGCGCUUGGUCAAUUCCUUCUCACAAAUUGCAAAGAGGAGCCGAGAACGACAUACAAGUAAAAUAUACGUAAUAUUAAAAAAUUAAAACCCUUGGCCAACAUUCCGAAGCUGUCGAAACUGUGAUAAACGUAACUAUUUGGCAGUUUGGAGAUGUGAAAAGUUAUAAAAAUUUGUCCACAAUAAUUUUAGAGAGGAAGUGGAAAAUGUAAUAAAGUGUAUAUAAAAUGUAUACGCAUCUAGUUGAAAGUAAAUAAGGGAAAUAAUAGUUUAGAAUAUAAGUAUUAUUAAAUACAAAUAAUGUUCAUGUUUCUUGCCUCACUUAAAACAUACAUACAUAUCUAAUUGAAAACCGAACUUUUUUGUGGAAAUGUCAAGUUUCCAAAAAAGGAAUUAAGUUUUACUAAGCUUUUAACUGUCGUCUCAAUAUGCAAAGCUCUCUAUCUGUUACAAUCACCACCCGUAAAAGCUCAAAAAAAAAGCUCACAAGCUUUCCAGAAAGUAACCAUAAACCGAAGAAGAAAACUUUGAGCUUCAUCACAUACAUAUUUACUAAAGCUUGGUUAAGUUCAAUUAAGUUAAGUUAAUACCUAUAAAUCACACUUACAUAUAUGAUUUUUAAAUGUAUGAAAACUUCAACAUAACAUUAUAACAAAUAAAUAAUCUUAAAAAAGUUAA